AUGGGGUCAAAAACAGAUACGGCUCAAAUGACAAUAUUUUCUCCACUGCGGUUCAAAGUUCGUCCUCCCCAAGCAUUGACCCCAAUGAUAGAUUUGGCUACAGUCCCUCUGCCGUGUUUAGCCGAAAGUGAUCUCAAACCUUCAAUUACAAGGACAAAGGACGGCAAAUCUUCACUUCCUGUGGACUCUGACGUAUUGCAGAAUGGCUCUCGAAUUCUUCGCAACAUCAAGAAAUCACACGAGGGUUCUUACACCUGUAGGGCGACUAACGCCCUGACGACAAUAGAAGCUGAUGUGAAAAUCAAUGCACCAGUUGCAGCCCUUUCCUGUUCGAUGAUAAAGAAAUACAUCAGCAGUAAAAGUGGUAAUUACGUCAUAGAUCCAGAUGGUGAAGGAGGUCUGGCACCUUUUACAGCUUUCUGUGACAUGACUGACAAGAGUGGAGUUGGCGUGACGGUGAUCAGUCACGACAGUGAAAGCAGAACAUAUGUGCAUCAGGUCAGUGGUUAUGGCGCUCGAGGUUGUUACUCGCGUGACAUUCAUUACACAGGAGCGAGUCUGUCUCAGCUGGCAAGUCUCACCAGAGUCUCCUUACACUGUGAACAGGUUAUCAAAUAUGAGUGUCAUGGAUCGGUAUUGCUCAACAACGGCGAUCUAUAUGGAUGGUGGGUUUCACGUGAUUCUCAGAAGAUGAGGUACUGGGGCGGAGCAUCUGGCAAUAAUAAAUGCGCAUGCGGAAUGACCAACUCAUGUGCAGACUCCAGGUUUGGUUGUAACUGUGAUAAACAGGAUCAUGUGUGGCGUGAAGAUAGCGGACUUCUCACCGAUAAGACCAAGCUUCCAGUAAAACAACUUAGGUUUGGAGAUAUGGGUAACAGAUACUCUGAUUUUGGUUACCACACUCUGGGAAAGUUUAAGUGCUAUGGCAUAGUUUAG